AUGGAGGGCAAGCGCAGAGCAAACACCAAAAAGGACGCAGAGAAUCCUAAUUCUUGGCGACAAACCACAAGCGACACGCCUGGCACUCUCGCGCCCGGCUGGCGUCCGGGACGUGAUCCAGCCAAUAUAGAAAUCAACCUUGGACCCAGACGAAGCCAAAGGCUUCGGGCAAGGCAAGACGAACCCUCUAAAGGUGUACCUCAAACAGACGAACGGCCACCUGGGACCACUUCGGCGGAUAACGAAGCAAAUCGACUAGGAGAACAACGGGUGGCAACGCCCAGUUCCUUCGAGAUAGCUUCCCAGGCAUCCUCUGGAAUUCAUGCGAUCACUAAUAGGGAGCGGCGACCAGUCCCUCCUGGUUGGGAGCCGCCACUGGUGAUCGGCGCAUCACUUGGUACGAAUCUCAGCCGCCUGGAGAACGCAGAGCGAUCUGUACUGCAGUGGGAAGCCAUCAUCGCCAACACCCGCAGAAAGCAGCCACUGGCAGACCUGUCGGGCCUUGAAGAUCAACGAGACAAGGCCAGACAAGAAUUUGAACAAAUGGAAGAGUCAGAAGAGAACUUGGUGCCUUUUGACGAGCUCGAAUCUACCAAACGGUAUCGCAUCCGUAAAAGAAUAGACCUUCUCACAGCAUCACUGGAGCGUCAUGAGUGUCCAGCCAGUGACACUAACAUCCGUGCGGCAAUAAAAGCUUAUCAAACCGGGCAAAUCAAGUGUUGGGACAGGUGGACUCUCAUUUAUGCUGGACAGUUGGCAGAUUUCUGUCCCUCAUAUGAGUCGUUCACCUUGGAUCGAGAAGAGAGACUUGACCGAUAUCAUAGUCAAUACGGCGAAGGCUGGCUGUGGUAUGAGCCUCCCCUCGCUCCGAAAGGGAACCACCAGACUGAACAACUCAUGGCUGCCACUUGGGCACAGUCUUCUGACGACUCGGGAUUGUUGACAGGAUACAAGCCCUACAACUGGGAAAUAUCGAUGGGCUUUAAACGCGUAAAGGGCUUCCAUGGCCGCUUCACCCAAAGGCUGGGCAAACCUGGCCGUUCAAAGAAUGGAAAGGUCUUGUUGUAUCAGACGAAACUCAGAGAGAUUGGGUCGAACGAGAGGGGCCCCUGUUUUGUCGAGGAUGACAAUGAUGACACAGCACCCCGCGUGUGCUUCAAGAUGUUGCUUGACAGUGGGGCCACACAUCCCUCUCUGCAUGAUACCGAUCUGAAGUAUAUCGGUAUCGACCGAAGGACAUAUCCAGCACAGACGCACAUCUCUAUUUCUACUGCGGAAAGUUCAACUGCAGUGGCUAGAGUUUAUGAGAUGCGCGUCGACGUCUGCCGGUACAAUGGAGAGUCACUUGUAGGGGACGACCCCAUCUUCCCCAAUGAACGUCGGGAGCUGGGCGGUAUCGCACCGGUCAUGGUCCUGGUCAAAUCUACGCCAGAUGAGAGUGAGCCGCUGUCAGAGUGGUAUGAAGAGGCUUUGGAGAAUGGCGAGGACGUCUCGGAGGAAGCAAUGGCGAAACGGUAUAAAGGGUCUCAGGAAUCACGGCUAUCAGGUAUGCUCCCGUUUCAGGUUUGUUACUUUGCUGGAGCUCCUGGGCAACCGCAUUUUUGGUUCGGUGAAGACCGACGAGACGUUCUUGGGGCAGACCGCAUGCCAGGACAGCAACGGUGGGAGCGGCAUCUAAAGCCCAAAGGCGUGCAACGUCCGAAAGAAGUUUCCCACUUGGAUCGUCCAACAGUCGCCUUUGAUCACCAAAUGGAUGGGCUGAAACUUCUCGAUACAGACUCUGCAGCAGACUCAAGGGCCAGCGUCUUGAUUAUUGAUGAUGCAGGGGGUAAAAGACGAGUGUUGAUGAAGAUAGGCGAAGAUCCGGAAGAAACAGUGCUUCGGAAGAAUCCUAAAAGGAAGAUUCGAACUGACUCAUCGACGAAUGCACAAACACAGAGAAAGAGAACGAAGAAGUAA